AAGUGGCAUUUCUGAGAGAAGCCAAAUAGCAGUUAAACUCGAAAAAGAUGAAGUUUGGCAAGGCCUAAAUUAGGCUGAGGGGCAAUUGCUGACAGGAACUGAAGUCAGUUGCAGUGUAAGAAUUGAAAAUAGCUGGUAUGUCAUUUGAAUGCUGAGUGAAGAAAGAAACAUGAUGUGUCAGUAAAAGUCAAAGUCCUUAAAGUCAGUUCAGGUGUUAAGAGUACAAACUGAAAAGGGUGAGUCAGUUGUAGUGUAGCUACUCUGACGAGCAAGCACUUAAAUAAACAAAAAAAACCCCAUAGGCCUAUUAUUUGGGGUGUAAUGUAAUAUAGUAGUUUUAAUUAUGACCGACUUACCAUUCCAUUGCUUUAUUUCUAUAGGAAAAAAGUUAAAUAAAUAAGUAUAAAAGAUAUUCAAAUUUUAAGAGCUACACAUCAGCUAUGAAUGUAUAAAUAUUUGAAAUUUGAACUAAGUUUGUCAAAACUGUCACAACAUAUAGCUAUCAAACACAAGAUUUAAAGUAUUUAUAAAAUGGUGUUUGUUGUUUUUGUGGGAUUUAAAUGGGUACUUAAAACAUCAGUAACAUUUUUUAAAGAUAUGAAUCUUAUCUUUUAUCUUGUUAUGAGUUGAGUCGCUGUACACAGAGGGAUGUAAUUCAAAAUAACUCACUCCGCUGAAAAUAUGCAGGCACGAAACUAAAAGUGUGUGACAGACAAGGGAAAAAUGAUGCACACAGCACACAUAGACCACAGAAUAUAUUAUGAAUGAAAAGUUUGCAGGAACAUAGUCACCACAGAAUACCUUAAAAUGCAUUACAUGAAGUGAUUUCUGUAAAGGUAUACUGGUACACUUACAAUGUUCCCUGCUGAAAAGUUACAUGCUAAAACAGGCCCUCUAAUGUGAGGGAAAUAAAUUUGGGAUUUUGCCAGCUGAACACCGAGAGGCACAGCGCAUUGCUGAGCGCUGGCCAAAUGCUCCAGGGCAACCACUGGAAAAGACAACAUGUUUUCUCCAUGGUGUGGUGUGUGCGAUUCAACACAAUCGCCAUCAAAUGUAUUUUACAAUUCCAAUACAUGCUACUGCACACUCAACUUGAGUUGCAGAUGACAAGACAUGACAUUGCUAAGCACUUCAGGCAGCGUCAGCUUUGUUUUAUAUGUGCUCCACAAUUAAAUCAGGUCUCCUUCAAAACUCUGGGCACUGGACCUUUUUCCCUAUCCAUCCAGGCAGCCGCUGCAAAGCUUCAGCGCUCUGUUGGUGGCCCACUUGCUUUAUUGUCUCAGUUGGUAACUACUGUAUCUGUCACUCACCGGAGAAGAAUAGAACACCAUGACUACUGCAGUAAACAAGCUUUAAGAAGCUCUGUAUGUAGCCUUAUAACACACGUACACACAACACAAAGAAAUGUAGACUGUAUAGGGAAACACAGCAGAACUCUACCAGAUCUUGUGUUUUUCUACAUGUAAGUGUUUGUUGAAUGACCAGACAUCAAAGAUUGAGAGCUGCUGGUGAUCCAAGUGAACCAACAGACAAAAUGUUCAUCAAAAAUGCCAGCUUACAACACCCUGCUCGCUACCAUGAAUUACUCCUGCCGAGUCGACCCUACAGGGGGGAACCACCAACAGUGGCAGGAUUUCUCCUCUACCCGGACACUCCUGCUAAGAUGGAAACCACAUCUCGAGAGGCUUUCUGCUUUAGACCCGUCCCACAACGAAACAGAGGCAAAGGAAACCAUGUCGCCCAGAACACACAGCAGGAGUCCCACCGUUCUCAUCUCACAUCCUCGAGACAAACAGGAGGAGGAAACAGCAGUAGGGACAGAGAACGAGGGGAGGAUGAGCAGGAAGGCAACCAGGUUCAGAUGGGGCCGACAGGAGUGAAAAAUGAACACAGUGCAACAGAGAUGCUGUCUCAGUAUCAGAAAGAUUUCCCUCCUCCAUCUUCCUGCCGCAGGAGGCGAACGCCUGCACUCCCGCAGCCAGACAACAUCGGCAUCAACCCUGCCUUCAGGAUUGAGUUCAGCACGGUUCAAAGGGAGGCCUACCCUGGCUGGCCCAUCAUGAAUCUGAGAGCAGCCUCAUCCGGACAACCAAACAUGACUUCUGAGUGAUGGUCUGUUCAUAAGAAAUCAGAUUGCGUGUGCACUUCCCAGCAAACAGCUCAUGUUCAUAAUGUUUACACAACAUAGCAAAUGUCUCAGUCCAUCAUAUGGCAAAUAAACAUGAUUUAAUAAACUAAAG